AUGUUAGACAAACAAGGCUUGGUAUUUACUCACUCUGAAGCCAUGGCAAUUCAAGUAUGCUCUGGUUGCAAGACAUCUUUGAGUAAGGAAAAGAUGCCCGCACUUGCACUGGCCAAUGGUUUGUUCCGUGGCUUCCUCCCACAUACUUUUUCUGAUUUGACAUGGGUUGAGGAGAAAGUCUGUGCAAUAUACUCCAUCACAGCCCAUGUGACUCGUCUAUUCCAGUCGUCUGACCUGUCUCAACCCAAAGUGUUUCAUGGGAAUACUUGUGCUCAUGACAUGAAUGUGAUGUCGACUGCUUCUGUAUUGCCUCGAACACCAGCGGACAUCAAUGGGUUCCUAAGUGUGGUUUUCAUUGGACCGGAUAAAUUUGAUCCCAAGCGCAUGGGGACCUUAUUCCGCAUUUGCAACAACAUCUGGAGUUUCUUGUUGUGGUUGAAAUGUUUCAACAGACUGUAUGCGGAUAUUCCAUUGGAUCCUGCAAUCUUAGACUUGUACCCUGAGGACGGUACCAUUCCCGGCCUGCAGGACAGUGUGGUU